GCAUCUCAAUACUACAGUUGAAAGGUCGUGGCUUGACAGGGAUGGAUGCCACAUGUGUGUGUUGAUGUCGGUGUGUUGUUAUGCUGUAAUGUGGACACACUGUGUGGGCUCUUACGCAGGUUGUUAUUGGUUUUGAGCGGCAAUACGGCAUUGGAAGACGUGCCAUCGACGUGUCUUGCCCUGAAUGCAAAAUGCGGAAUCUCAAGUUAUUAAAGAGCCUGUGCAAUGCCGAGUUGUCCCACAGCGCCGGUAGCCCUCUGUGUGUUGCUGUGCGCUCUGACACCGACUCAUUACUCCUGGCUUCCGAGUUCUCCAUCAUUGAAUUCGACCCAAGAACUGGUCAGGUGGUGAACGAUGUCUCGCUGACAGAGGAGGGUUACAUGCCCGACGAUGGCAGUGGGAAGCUGGUUGGGAUACAGGAGCUGGCCGAACUGGAGUCUGUGUGUGUUGCCACGGCCACCGGUGAUGUCAUCCUCUACAACCUGACUACCAAUGAGGUAGAAUGUGUUGGCAGUGUUGAGAGCGGCCUUACCUCCAUGAGCUGGAGUCCGGAUGAGGAACUGGUAGCACUCACCACUGGCCAGCAGACCGUUAUCAUGAUGACCAAGGAGUUUGAGCCAAUCACAGAGGUGGGCAUCCACCAGGAUGACUUUGGUGAAGGAAAGUUCAUCACUGUUGGAUGGGGGAAGAAGGAGACCCAGUUCCACGGCUCUGAAGGGAAGCAGGCAGCCCAGAAGAAAAUGCUGGAGGUGCAGCCGGCCAUGGCCUGGGAUGACCGCCGGCCCCGGGUGUCGUGGCGGGGGGACGGCCAGCUGUUUGCCGUCAGCGCUGUGUGUCCCCAGACGGGGGCCCGGCGUGUCCGGGUGUGGAGCCGAGAGGGGGUUCUGCAGGCCACCAGCGAGAGCCUCAACGGGCUGGAGCAGGCCCUCUGCUGGAGACCCUCGGGGAGCCUGAUCGCGUGCACCCAGCGCCACCCCAACAAGCACAGCGUGGUCUUCAUGGAGAAGAACGGCCUGCUGCACGGCGACUUCACCCUACCCUGCAGCAGAGACCAGGCCAAGGUGAAGGAGCUGCUGUGGAACAGCGACUCCACGGUCCUUCUGGUGUGGUUGGAGGACGUGCACUCAGGGGCAGACGGACACAUCAGUACCGAGCUGCAGCUGUGGGCGGUGGGGAACUACCACUGGUACCUGAAGCAGAGCCUGGCCUUCGGCCGGGACCCCCAGCGGGCGCCGGCCUGCGUGCACUGGGACCCCCAGCGCCCCCUGAGGCUCCACGUGGUGACGCGCGGCUGGGCCAGCCUGACGUACGACUGGGGCUGGGCCACGGACCGCAGCACCGGCCUGGACGCCAGCGACAACGCCAACGUGGCCGUGAUCGACGGAGACAAGAUCCUGGUGACCACCUUCCGCCAGGGGGUGGUGCCUCCGCCCAUGUGCUCCUACGAGCUCCAGCUGACCUCUCCGGUCAACCUGGUCACCUUUCUGUGCCAGACCCAGAAGAGCAAUCACCUGGCAGCCAUGACGGCAGACGGGCAGAUAUCAGUCUUCGGCCCCGACUCUGGGAAACCGUCUACCGAGCGACCGGGGGGGUUCAGAGUGGUGUCCCUGCCCCUGGUUCUACGCAACACCUACAGCGUGCCGGGGCUCCCAGUGGCCCCUCUAGCCAUCAGACAGCUCCUCUGGCUGAAGGAGGACCUGCUCCUGGGCCUGAGCGCUGGGACGCUGCCUUCGUCCUCCACCCUCCUCUUCCUCAGCCCUGCCCCUCACCCGGAGGCCCCAAACGCCCUCAGCAACAGGCUGGAGGUGGCGGUGGACGGGGUUGUGACGGGCAUGGCGUACAGCUUCCAGAGCAGGACGGUGGCCCUGCAGCUCGAGGACGGCCAGACACGGAGGCUGAUCUGGGAUUCAGAAUGUCCGUCGGUGGAGGACUGGACGGACUUCAGCGGCUGUCCGAUGAACUUCCCGGUCCCGUGUGUGCAGAUGGCUCUCUGCACCGUCAGUGAAGAGGAGAUCCUGCUGGGCCUGACGGACCGAAGCCACCUCUACGCUGGAGAUACCCAGCUGGCCUCCAAUGUCUCCUCCUUUGUGGUCCACGAAGACUUCCUCCUCGUGACCACGCACGCGCACACCUGCCGCUGCCUCCUACUGGGCACGCUGACCGUCAAAGGGCUACAAGAGGCUCUUGGGUCAGACGGAGGUCAGAACGAUGAGACUCUGCGGCGGGUGGAGAGGGGGUCCAAGAUCGUGACGGUGGUGACCCAAGACACCAGGCUGAUCCUGCAGAUGCCUCGGGGGAACCUGGAGACGGUCCACCACCGAGCGCUGGUGUUGGCCCAGCUCAGGAAGCAACUCGACUGCCUCAAAUUCCGUGAUGCGUUCGAGUGCAUGAGGAAGCUGAGGAUCAACCUCAACUUCAUGUACGACCACAACCCCAAGGUGUUCCUGGAGAACGUGGAAACCUUCAUCACUCAGUUGAACUCCAUUAACCACAUCAACCUCUUCCUCACGGAGCUCCGAGAGGAAGACACGACUGGAACCAUGUACCCCAGACCUCUGAACGUCCCAGGGCCGUCUCCCAUGACCAGAGCCAAGAAGUUGGAUGUCGUGUGUGAUGCGUUUCGCCACACGAUGGAAUCAAUGGAUCCGGACAAAUACUGCCUUUCCAUCCUGACCAGCCAUGUGAAGAAGACAGUCCCUGAGUUGGAGAUCGCUCUGCAGAAGGUUCACGACUUGAGAGCAAAGCCCCCUGGAGCUGCAGGUGUGGUAGGGGCUGAAGAGGCCCUGAAGUACCUACUCUUCCUGGUCAACGUCAACGACCUGUACGACCACUCGCUGGGCACCUACGACUUCGACCUGGUCCUCAUGGUGGCCGAAAAGUCCCAGAAGGACCCCAAAGAGUACCUUCCCUUCCUGAACAAGCUGAAGACCCUGGAGCCAAACUACCAGCGCUACUCCAUCGACAAGCACCUGAAGAGAUACAGCAAGGCUCUCCUUCACCUCAGCAAGUGUGGAGAGGAGCAUUUCCCUGAAGCUCUGGGUCUGGUGAGGGAGCAGAAGCUCUUCAGUGAAGCCCUGGAGCUGUACCCGGCACACAGCCCUCACUACAAGGCGCUGAGCUGUGCCUACGCCGAGCACCUCGUUGCCCAACAGCAGCCGGAGCAGGCGGGCCUGUUGCUAUGGCGCUGUGGCGAGCCGGGCCGCGCGCUGCAGGCCUUCGUCAGCGCUAGCAGCUGGAGGCACGCGCUGUGUGUGGCGCAGCAGGUGCCCCUCCCCCCCGAUCAGCUGUCUCUGCUGGCCAGAGACAUGGCAGAGAGGCUGAUCGACCAGCGGAGGUACGCUGAGGGCGCCCUGCUCCUCGACCAGUACGCUAAGGACUGUGAGGAGGCCAUCUCAGCCCUGAUCAAAGGAGCCGUCUGGGAAGAGGCCCUCCGAUUGGCUUACAGGCACAACCGACAAGACAUCAUCGAGACCGACCUCAAACCUGCGCUCCUAGAAGCCUUCGCUUCCCAUACGUCCUUCCUGGAGAACAACACAGCCCUGUUUGGUCGCCAUAGGAACCGCCUGUCCGUAGUCCUGGAGCUGAAAGAGAAGGCCAGGCUGGAUAUGCUCGACGAGGAUGGACCAGACUGUCCCGAUGCUGAACUCUACUCGGAGGCCAGCAGUGUGAUGAGCAACUCCAAACACUCCAGCAGUAUCUCCAGGAUCUCCUCGAGGUCCUCUAAGAACCGGCGGAAGGCAGAGCGUAAGAAGUGGAGUCUGAAGGAGGGCAGCCCCUUAGAGGACGUCGCGCUGCUACAUGCCCUGGCCGACAUCAUCGGCACCGUGGACAAGAUACGAGAGGAGCUCCACAGCCUCCUGAAGGCCCUGGUUCUGUUCCAGUACGACCGACUGGCCCAGAAGCUGCAGCUGGCCUACGAGGAGGCCCUGCUGAUGAUGGAGGCGGCGAUCCCCGAGGUGUGGUCGGACGGCGGCCCGCCGAGCCAAACCCCGGUCACUGGUCCCGACUCCACAGCCAAUAGCAUCACGGCUUCCUUACAGAACCAAGCCAGGCCCACCAGCCUUCCACUUCCAGACGCUGAGAUGCCCACAGUGCCGAAGAUGAGAAGUGGUGUCAAAUGGAAACUUACGGUUCUUAAGUAGUUUUUUUUUUUUUUUUUUUUUUUGUGUGAAAUAAAAAUGUAUGAGGGUAUCAUAUAAGAACAUGUUGAAAAUUCUCGUGUCGUUCUUGUCUUAUUUACAAUCGUAGUCCUUGUAGUAGCAGUACAACUUGUUGUAGUAGGUAUUAUUUCCUCUUUUGAGGACAACAUGGUACAUUUUCUUUACAUUGUCAGAAGAGUUCUGCCCUUAGGCAAUGUUUUCCACCCGCGGUCCUGAUUGGCCGUAUUGGGAAGCAAAGGUUUGCUGACUUAUACGCACUCGAUUUUUCAUGGUGAACUUUUCAUUUCAGAUUGCCCAAGGAGUUUUAGAGGAAUGUGGUGCGAUACACAUACAGAAUUUUACUGGGACAUCAAUACUACCCGCACAUGUUGAAUGGGGGUCAGAAGUCGCGGUAGCAUCACCUAUCCACCGAUACCGGAACGAAGAAAGACGGAAGACUAUUUUUAGUAAAGCAAUUCAAGGAGAUGUUUUUAUUGCAAUGCCCCCCUCCCCCCAAUGAGAGCCGUUGGGCUUCUCCUUGUUGUCCUGUUUCUCCAUGUUGAGCUACGGUCUCCCCUCUUCUACGUUAACAUUUGGUCAUGUAUGACCUCUUCAUUCCAGCGGGUGGCUCUGAAGGACCGUUGAGUUGAGCCGUUCGAAGACGGAUUCUAUGAACUUUCAUCUGUGACGUCACAAGUGUGAAGGUCUGCGGAGUACAUCGUAACAGAACCUCGUACUAAAUGUAGUAGGCUACAUCAGAGAGUAUGUGGACGAAUGCUAUUGAUUAUUUUUUUUGUUCUUAUUCCAUUUGUAUGUGAAUAAUUGUCAUAUAUAUAUGAGCCUCUGUUGGGAUAGAGAAACAGGCUAUAUAAUUCUAAGUGCCAUAUUUGCUCUGUUGAAAACUUCCCAUUUGAGCUCGAAAUACCUUAUUAACUUAAGCAGGCCCACAGAAAAAUGCGAUGGAGAUAAUCAUGAUAAAUAAAACGUAGCCUACAAUUAAAAAAUAAAUAAAAUAAAGUAGUGGAGCAUAUUACUAGAUUUGGGCCUAAUACCAAUAAGCAAUCAAUAAAUAGCUAUGUUAUAAUGCAGUCUGUGAGCUAUAUAAAAAAUAUUUUCGGGUUUCAUUAUUUUCCCUAUCUGGCCAUUUUAGAUU